AUGGAAAAGCGUCACACAAAAUUACGCUCAUCUAGUUCAUUAAAGUUAAAAACGAAAGAGAAAAUCAGACAAAUCCAUGAUUCUGAUUCUGACAAUGAUACAAAGCUGUCGAUCGAUCCCAAUGAACCCUUGGUCAGUGAUAUAGCUCAUCAGUUAUUUCUAUUGGCAAUCAAACAAACGCGAGAAGAGCGAAAACUUCGUCGACCAACGUUGAUCGAUCGGCAAACAAAACAUCAGCGAAAAGCGAAAUUGAAAACCAACGAGAUUGAUCACAUCUUUGAAGAAAAACGUUUACGACCGCACGCAAUCCGAGCUGAUCUUCUCGAUCUGUACCAAAAAUCAUCCAGUCGGAUACGCUCGAUGCUCGACAUUCGUCAAAUCGAUCAGUUCACACCAACAAAACAAACUCGAAAAGUGCACUAA